AAAGUAAAGUUUGUUGUUCUCAGUCGGAGGCUCCGCGCGCAGUGGCGCCCUGACCCGCACGGCGACCGAACGCCAUGCCGAUGCCGCGCUAACCUGUGUAGUGACAAGCUGUCAAGUGUCAACAUGUGGUUCUAUGGGACGUGUGUCCUCGCCAGCGUCCUGCUGGCGACCGUGCACUCACAGAGCACCGAAGGGAGCAGCGAGUUCGCUCCCGUAGUGACAGCAACAUGCAAGACGGGCGUGAUGUCCGUCAAGAUUAACUUCAACCAGCCCUUCUACGGCGUCGCACACGCGAGAGAGUUCAGGACACCAGCAUGCAUGGCACAGGGCAACGGCUCAGAGUCCAUGAGCUUCGACGUCAGCUUAAUGGCGGCCCAGGGCUCGCCAGAUUACUGCGGAGUAUUCUGGAACAAUCGCACAGACGAGCGUUCCCUGCCGUUCGCGGUGCGCGUGCAUCGCACCCUGGAGCUGGCUGACGACAAGUUCUACGUCAUCACGUGCGGCAAAGCGGGAUUCAGGAACGCUAGAAACGCAACCUCACUCGUGUCCCUACGAAUGCUGAACGAAAGUGGCAAAAAGAUUAUGAACGCCGCCUUCAAUCUGCCCUACACGCUGCGAGCGGAGAUGAGCAAACCUGACGGUGCUCACGGCAUCAAAAUGAAGAGUUGUUUCGCAUUUAACAUGAAGAACAACACCGUUGACUUGCUGGAUAAGCGAGGGUGUCCAAUAAAACAGCAGUCGGUAGUAGUGCGGUCAGAGAGCGGCGCGGCGGAGCUCUUCAUACCCGCCAUGUUCCGGUUCCCCGACUCCUCGCAGAUCAACUUCCAGUGCGACAUCUCUAUCUGUAAAGGACCCUGUCCAGUGCAAGACUGCACCGUGGACGAUGGCGUCGGCGCAGUGGGCGAGGAGGAAACCACGGUUACUGCCUCCACGGGGGUCUUCGUGCUGGACCCCAAUGAUAGCGCAGUUGCAGCAUUGAGCUGUUCCGACGGUAGCAUCCACCCUCCGUGGCUGCUGUACCUGGCCAUCGCGCUCGGAGUCAUGUUCCUGGUGAUGCUGCUCAUCAACUGCUUCCUCUGCACCGCCAUGACGUGCUCCUGUGCCAGGACUGAUGUGAUCGAGAAGGACCCGUCAGUGGUGGAGGACUACGACCCGUACCGCAGCUGGCACGGCAGCCAGUACGGCAGCAGGUACCCCUCCUCCACCAUACACUCCGCGAGGUCUGUCUCGGACAACAGCGACCACUACGCGAUAGUGCAGUCCCGGCCCGGCAGUCGACACUCCGGCAUGCAUCGGAAUAGGCAUUAAAAGCAUCAAUGCAGAAAUCUGCAGUUGUUUUAGAAACGAAAGAUACAAGAUUGGAUUUUAGGGAACCAUUGCCUAAAACAUAGAACAUUGUAAUAUAUAUUGAAAUAAGUUAUGUCCACUUCUAAAUUUUGAUUGUGAAUAAGAUAUGAAAUGUGAAUUAACAUGGGAUAGGUUAAAAAUACGAGUGGUGCUUUGAAUAAUAUUCACAAAUAACAUAACAGUAUGUAGACCUUAGUCUGUAACGUUACCUAAGCUAGAACAUGAAGGUACUUCCGUAUGUUCAAAUGAAUUUAUCUUGUGCCAUUUUGUCUCCGCGUACCUUGAACGACUUUACGAUAUUUGGUACAUUAUGACCGCAAUAAUUCGAAUUUAAUACGCAAUUUUAUACAACGAAUCCGUCCAAAAUUAUCUACAGUUAAAAAUAAAUUAAUAAAUUGUAUGGUUGUACUUAGAAUAAGUUAUACAUUGAGAAAUACACCAGUAUAGUUAAUAAAUGUAAUUAUUAGAAUUAAUUUAGUAUAAGGACCCGCGCCUGAGAGCUUACUCCGAACAUCGAAGUUUGCAAAUUAUGGGCAUUUUUCUGAAGUAAAACAGAAAGAUGCCUAUAAGUAAUUUCUGAACUAUUGGUGUUUGAUGUAGGUAGACCUAUUUAGGCGCGUGUUAAAACUGUACCACAUCAUACACUGUGAAUUAUAGUGUUAAUUUACAUGAGUAGUUAGUACUUCCUCAGCUGCCUAGGAUAUUUUAAUGUGUCGUAUUGCCUGUCAUAGUAUGAGUAACUACAUAAUUAUAUAAUAAGAGUGAGUGAUAUUAUAUUAGCUAAGUAUAUGACAUCUCUUCCUGAUUUUGGGACGUAUUAAUUUCAAAAACAUGCCCCUAUUAAUUUAAAACAAUAGAUUAAAAUUUCCACGCACGGAUCCGUGUCAUACGAAGGGUUAAAGUUACUAUGAUUUUGUAAGUUACAAAAUUCGGAAGAGACUUGAACAAUAGCGAUGUGCUCAAUCCGUCUUCCUCGUGUAAAUGGACCUUUGAUGAAUAUAAUGAUUGAAUCUCGUGUAAUGUGUGCUUUAUGUUUGUGUUAAACGAGAGAGAGAGUGACAAUAAAAUUCUUAACAUUG